GCCACCACGGAGCGCGCUGAAACCGUAGCCACGCAAGCAAGCGAGAGCUCAUCGCCUCAGAGUCACAGCCACGCCACGCCAAGCCAACCACGCCCCGAGCGCGCGAGACGACCAACACGGCUGCCACGGCUCAUCCCGACGAGGUUGUAGCCAGCGUCGUCUCCGUGGACCGUGGGUCCUCCUCUUCCUUAGCCAGCGGACGCACGAGCACCCGAGCGCGUUCUGUUCCCAAUCCCAUGGAGGAGCACGUCGCGGAGUCCAUGUUCCUGCCGUUCCUGGCGAUGUUCGCGUCCAUCUACCUCGUCGGCUACUUCAUCGUCCUCCGCGCCUGGGGACCGCGGCGCCGCGCCGAGGCCGCCAGCUGCUUCACCUCGCUCUUCCACGGCACCCCCGCGGCGCUGCUCGCCCUCCGCGCCGUGCUGUCCCGCCACCGCGCCGCCGGCGGCAGCCUCCCCGCGCUCCUGGUGGCGCCUAACGCGGCCGCCGAGGACCUGGUCCUCGACUUCAGCACGGCCUACUUCGCCGUGGACCUGGCGCACUACCUCCUCUUCCUCCCCGGCGAGGCCCUCUUUGUCGCGCACCACCUCGCCACGCUCUACGUCCUGGCCACCUGCCGCCACGCCGCGGGGGCCGGCGCCGGCGCGCAGCUGCCGCUCGAGGUGCUCGCGGAGGCCACCAGCGCCGCGCAGAACGUGUGGACGCUGGCGGGCAUGCGGCGGCGCGACUCGCCGCUGGCCGCCCGGGUGCACGCCUCGCUGUCACCGCCGUUCUACGCGGCGUACACGGCCGCCAGGGCCGCGCUCGGCCCGGCGUGGUUCGUGAGGAUGGUGAGGUUAUUCUACGAGUCCAACGGCGGAGGCGGCCGCGUGCCGGUGUGGGCGUGGGCGUCGUGGACAGUGGUGAUCGGCGCCGGGAUAGCGGUGAGCAUCCUGUGGGUGGGCAACCUGUGGCUGGCAUACUUCAGGGAGAGGAAGGAAAGCAAGCAGUUGAGGAGCAGCAAGCAGCAAUGACCAGUUCUGGAGCAUUUCCAGUCAUUUUGCUGUUCAGAGCCAAAACAAUUCAUGUCUCCAUUAAUUGGAUUGGAUGUUGUCAUCAUGUUAACUUGGAAGAGGAGUGUUCUUCGGAUUUUUGAAUGAGACGAGUAAAUUCACAGAAUCUGUUCAGAACAUGUAAAUUUCGCAGAACAAUCGACAUCAGAAUUGACACAAGAAAAUUAUAAUU